AUGGAAAAUCUCACUUCCCUAAACUUUCCAGCUACUUUCACUUCCUUAUUUACCACCAAGAGUGUCGCUCUUAUACCCCUCUUGCUCAUAUCAUUCAUUAUAGCCCAGUUUACCUGGAGUGCCUUCAAAGCCUCUAGAUCUCCUCUGGCAGCUAUCCCUGGGCCUUGGUAUGCAUUUCUCACUACUAUCCACUUGAAAUAUGGGUUCGCUACUGGAAAGAUUUGGAAGUUGGUGGAGCGAAGCCACAAAAAGUACGGUCCUAUUGUCCGCCUUGGACCCCGGCAGGUAUGGAUCUCGGAUAAAGAAGCUAUGAAGCAAAUCCUUUCCAAGAUCGAUCUUCCAAAGGUAGCUAUGUAUGCCGAGAUCUCGCGGGACAGGUUUAGUCCCGGAUUAUUCGGUGAAAUCCGCCCAGUACCUCACAAGAGACUCAAGAAGUUCCUUUCUCCAGCCUUUACUGUUGGCUACAUCGACAAUCUUGAAUCUUUCUUUGGAGGAACCAUCCGAGAUCUUCUCAACAAAUAUGAUACUUCUCUCUCCAAGAGCCCACAAGGCAACAAGAUUCUGGUCGACCUCAUGGACGAUCUCCAUAACGUUGCGUUAGAUAUAAUGGGCGAGUGCUCAUUCGGUCGCGGCUUCGGACAAACCAACCCAGCAGCAGAAAUCGAACAGGGGAUAAGAGAGAAAGUCUGGAAACGGAUUCCCAGGUCUAUUUUUGACGGACUCAGCAAACGUUAUCAGUCCGUCUAUAUCAAAAGGUUCUUCAGGGCCUGUGGUAUUAAUAUCGAAUUUGACUGGCCCAAGGAGAUGAUCAUGGUAAGCAAGUUACUUCGCGAAGCCCUUGCCCGCAGGGCCAUCGAUGCAGUUGUACAGAGACGUCGUACAACCGAUGAUUCUGACCGGAAGGAUCUACUCCAGCAUCUUAUUGACGAGGGAAAAAAGCCCGACACUUUGACGACUAUGAACACUCGUGACAUUGUGGAUCAAAUGUCCGAAAUUCUUCUAGCAGGCUCCGAGACUACCUCUGGAACAACUGCUUGUUUGUUCCUCGAACUAGCCCGCAGCCCGGACAAACGGGCCAAGCUCCUUGAUUCAUUGCCUGUCUUGGAUAUUGGUGAUGAGAUAAUCAGUGGCAAGGCAGUUCGGAACGACCCCAAGUACCGAUAUCUGAACGCUUGCAUCAAGGAAGCUCUCCGUAUGCAUCCGAUCGCCUCCGAAAUGGGCCGUCGUACAGGCGACCAGUGGGUUCGGCUUAUGGGAUACAACUUGCCGCCCCAUACGGUUGUCUCUGCGUCAUAUCGCGACCUGCACCGUAAUGAAGAGUACUUCCCAAAGGCUAUGACCUUUCUGCCCGAACGAUUCUUGGAGGAAUCCGAAAGAGGAGACGUACCAGCCGCUGAUAUGGACGCUUAUUUUCCAUUUUCGGCCGGGAAGCAUUCUUGCAUUGGUAUCAACUUUGCUUGGGCCGAGAUGAGGAUGAUUGCUGCAAACAUCUUCUCCAGGUUUGAUGUCAUCGAAGUAUCUGGUCAGGAUAUAGACUUCAGGCAGUUCAUUACCAUGCAGUUUGCAUCGGGACACUGGAAGGCUGUUCUUAUCCCAAGGAAGAAAGCCUCUACUAUCGACCAACCUGAGUAA